AAAUUAUUUUUUCGGUUAAAUCUUUGUAAGGACUACAAGCAGAUUAACGCCGGGUAGAACUGACUCAUUGACUCUGUUGACACCAGGCAUGGAUACAGGUGUUGAACAUUCACAUGAGCCUAAAGUCCAGCCUGUGAAGACAGAAAAUUCUGUGCUGAUACAUAUACCUCACAUGCAGGAUGACAGCACCACUGAAAACAAUGAUAUUCAGCUUGUUUUUGGCACUGGUCUUCCAGAUGGAGCGCAGUCAAAGCUUGUUUUGGGCAUCCAGGAGAAACCGGUUGUUUCAGCCAGUAAGGAAAGUGUUGAUUACUCUGAUAAAAGCGUGAAGAAUGAAGCAGGUGAGCCGAGAAGUUAUCCACCUCAUCUAACAUCCGAACAAACAAGGUCUUCUUUGCUGAACCAACUUCUCCGUACAAAGCCUGUUCAGGUAAAGACGUCUUAUGUUGUGGAAACUGAUUUAUACAGCGUACCUGUGGCUGCUACGAGAUCAGAGAAACGAUCACGGAAGACACGUAGGCCAACAAAACGUGCUGCACCUGUGGUAAACAACAGAUCUGAGCUGAACAGAGCAGAUAUUGGUCCCUCUGACCAGGUAUCUCCGGAACCAGGUGAUGACUCUAUACCUAGGUUUUCCUCUAGCCUUGGUCUGCCAGAAGAACAAGUAAACAUGGAUGAAGACAGAGAAUGUACGAGCAGACGAGACACGGUUAAGUCAAGACUCUUGGCACCUGCAAUGAACAGAGAUGUGAAGGAUCGUCCAAGAACAGAUGUUGACUAUACUGGGUCAGAGAGUAGUUCAGUGGCGGGUUCAUCUAUUUGUGUGUCUGCAGCCACAGAGCAAGAUGCAGUUGAUUUUUGUGUAAAGGGAAGUAACUCUGCAGAGUCUUCAAAUUGUGUAGAACAGGCUGAUAUGGUAAGCCCCAUUGAAGAUGAGUUUACCUGUGAUAUCUGCCAGAAAACCUUUUCGUCUUUAGGCUGCCUGAAUUCGCACACGGUAACACACAUAGGUAAAGGUGGUAGUACAUUUGGGAUUUGUAGAAAAGAUCUCCCGCAACAGUCCAGGCGUAAAUCUCGAAGUCUAGCCCUUAUAGUUGACAGCCCGUCAAAUAGCUCUAAUACAGACCAGGAAAGCUUUACAGAACAGUUCCAGUUAAAAUCGCAGGGUCCAACCCGAAUACAGACGGAUCAGAAAUCUUGUAUCUGCAGUGUUUGUGGGAAAUGUUUUAGAUUGCCUUCUUUACUGAAGAAACAUAAGAGAACUCAUACAGGUGAAAAACCACAUAGUUGUACGACCUGUGGCAAGGCAUUUUCCCAGAGAGCCCACCUGAAAAUACACGCCCGCUCACACACAGGUGAAAAGCCCUACGCAUGUAAUCUUUGUGAUAAAACUUUCACCCUUCAGUGCUCACUGAAAAGACAUAUUCUAACGCACACAGGUAUUAAGGCCUUCACAUGUAAUAUUUGCCAGAAAAGUUACUAUUGCAGGCCUGAUUUGAACAAACAUCUUCGAACACACAAGGGGGUAAAAAUCUUCCCCCGUGAAAGGCCAGACAUCUAUGAAAAGCCUUUUGUCUGUAGUACUUGUGGCAAAUGUUUCCCUCGUCAGUCGGAGUUGAAAAGGCACAACAUGACACACACAGGCGAGAAACCGCACACCUGCGAAGUCUGUGGCAAGUGUUUCUCUGUGCAGUACAAGUUGAAAAUUCACAAUUUGAUACACACAGGCGAGAGGCCGCAUGUGUGUGCAGUUUGCGGCAAAGCUUUCACUCAGCUGUCUGGUUUGAGUUUGCAUCGUAUAACCCACACAGGGGAGCGGCCAUACACCUGUGAUACAUGUGGUAAAAGCUUUACCCACCCAUCCGCUCUGUCCACGCAUAAACGAAUCCACACAGGAGAAAAGCCAUACACUUGCACUACCUGUGGCAAAAGUUUCGGUAAAAGUUGCUCGUUACGAAUCCACACACUUAUCCACACUGGUGAAAAGCCCUUUGUUUGUGAUGUGUGUGGUAAAAGCUUUAUCCAGUCGUUUGCAUUGAAGACGCAUAAAGUGACGCACACUGGUAAAAUGCCUUAUAAUUGCUCGAUUUGUGGGAAGGGGUUUACGGGACACUCUGCUUGGAAGAGACACGGACUGACGCACACAGGUGAAAAGCCGUUCACCUGUGAUAUUUGUGGUCAAAACUUCACCCGCCAGUUCUCGUUGAAAACCCAUUAUAAAAAGUGUCAGAUGUCUAAGGUCAACAUUUUAGCCAGCAGUUCAUCUGAAACAAACAUUGUCUAACAUUUUUCAUAAGCAUACAUUGUUAGAGGCAUGUAACAAACAUUAUAUCACACAUUUAUACCGAGUAAUUCUUGCAGAACAAUCAUUAUGAAACAUGUAAACCUACACAUAUACUCUCUUUGUGAACAGAAAUUGUAGACUGUGUCAAACUUUAAUACAGGUACUUUUCUUGAACACAUCAUAAAUGUCAUAAUGCUGGCUGUGGUGGUAUAAGUGAAAUAUUCGUGAGUACAAUGUAAAGCAUAAAUCAAAUAAAUAUAAUGCUGAAAUUAAAGUUACAUUAUGUACUACUGUAAUACCAUGGUCAUUUGUUGGAAUAUUUUCUUUAAAACAUGAGUUUUGUUGGAAUUGUACUGGGAGCCUUUAAUCUUGUAAGAAUUUGUACUGCAGUUCAUCUACGUGGACAUUGUUGAAAAGUGUAAUACUGUAAAUCUUUAACCUUGUUUGAUCUUGUUAGGAUGUGUAAA